CUUGGAAAAUAAUUGCACUUAGCUAAUUUAAUUCUUUGAUCAAUUUUCUAGCAAUGCAAUCUAUUUUCUGCACAGAAAAUUUUCAGAAUUAAGUAUUUCUGUACAAAUUUCACCAUAAGGGUUUGAGUCAUUUCAAAUUUUACCAAUUACAGCUUGUGCCAUAUUGAUUUUCUAUUAAUUUAUCAAUUUUAUCUAUUUUGUGGAUGCAGCCUUGAUUUUCGCAGUCGAAUUUUCCUGAGUUUACUUAUUAAAGAAUACUUGAUUCUUCCAUUAAUUGUUUUUUCAGUUAAUAAGGAAAUUUUACUGCAUACUGCAUGUGGUUUUAUUUUGUCAGAUUUAUUUGAGUUCAUAAUUUUUAUUCAGUUUUCCUUUUCCUGGGUCAAUUUUUGCAGUUUUCAAUAUUACUUUCAUUUUUUUUGAGACAGAGUCUCAUUCUGUGGCCCAAGCUCAAGUGCAGUAGAGUGAUCUCAGCUCACUGCAACCACUACCUCCUGGUUCAAGCGAUUCUUGUGCCUCAGCCUCCUGAGUAGGUGGGAUUACAGGCACACGCCACCACACCCAGCUAAUUUUUCAUUUUUAGUAGAGAUGGGUUUUCACCAUGUUGGCCAGGCUGGUCUCAAACCCCUGGUAUCAAGCAAUCUGUCUGCCUUGGCCUCCCAGUGGGUGUAAGCCACUGCACCUGGCCUCAAUGUUACUUUUCUUUUCUUUUCUUUUUUUGAGACAGAGUCUGGCUGGGUUACCCAAGCUGGAGGGCAGUGGCACAAUCUUGGCUCACUGCAACCUCCGCCUCCUGGAUUCAACUGAUUCUCCUGCUCAGCCUCCCAAGUGGCUGGGAUUACAGGUGCAUGCCACCAUUCCCAGCCAAUUUUUGUAUUUUUAGUAGAGACAGGGUUUCACCAUGUUGGCCAGGCUGGUCUCAAACUCCUGACCUCAGGUAAUCCACCUGCCUUGGCCUCCCACAGUGUUAGGAUUACAGACAUGAGCCACUGUGCCUGGCCAAUGUUACUUUUAAGAUGUGGUUGUUUAGGUGUGUGUUUUUUUUUUGUUUUUUUUGUUUGUUUGUUUGUUUGUUUUUUAAUCAUCUAUAACAAAUUUUACUGUGUACAGUUUCAGGGGUUGUCAGUUUUAUUUUGUGUUAUAUUUAUUUUUAGCAAGUUUCUCUUUCUUAAGAACCCAGGCAAAAUAUCUCCCAGAGUCAAAAUGGCAGGGUGAAAGUGUCCAGUUGCUUCUUUAAUCGCCCCAUUAGAAUGGCAGCACCUGCCACUGGACUCCUUGCUGUAACUGAGCAUAGGGUCCAGGUUUUACCAUCCAGGGUCUUUCACAGCGCAUCCAUUUUACAGGAUUGACUAGCAUCCAUAUUGUGUUCACUGCAAAAGACUUAUGCUCUGAAUUAAAUGUCUUUCUUGAGCUCUAGAGUCAAAUGCAGCAGAGUCUCAUUAUAUGCCCACUUCAUUCAUACAAAUUCAAUUACACAUGUUCAUGAGGAGGGGGAAAUUGAAAUAGUGCAGGGAAUUCCAUCAUCCAGACCUAUCAAUAAUGAGCUUGACUCUGGAUGAAUGUGGGACAGACAGUGAUGAAUCUACAGUCCUACAUUCAGUUUCAGCUGACAUAGGGCUCUCACAGUAUUAUCAUUGCUUGCCCUAAUCAUAGUAUACUUGAAGGAUCAUACAUUGCCUUUAUCAUGGCCCUGAAACACAAUCCAACUACUUUGUUUGGGGCUAACCUGAAGAAAGAGUGUCUGGUUCUGGCCCUGGAAGAAAAGCUGGUUGUAUUGAACUCGUUUAAGUAAUGAAUUGGGAUGCCUCUUUAGUAUGGUGCCUUCCUGAGGGAGUUUCAAGAGAAAUUUUGGCUACAUUUCUUUGCUUUCACGCUGUUUUCAGAGCCUGACAUGUGUGAACUAUGAUUUCCCUAUAUUCGAGUGCCUUUUGGUUCUCUCCACUUGCAGGUUCCCCAGGCAGCUUCAGCUUCAUGUGUUGCAUACCAAAUUUAUUCCCUCGCAGUGCCCUCCUUUUCUUGCACUCUCUGUCUCAGUGAGUGGCCACACUGUCCUCUCAUCUGCUCAAGCCAGGAAUCUCGGUAAGGACCAUCCCUCAAGUCUCUCUCUUCCCAUUAAUCUCAUGUCAAGGCUAUUUAUUAACUCUCAAAUCCAUCCAUGUCAUUAGAUCAUCCCCUGUAAUUUGAUUUGCUGCAAGAGUUUCCAAGCUCACUUCUCCGAUUUUAGCCUCCCCUUUAUCUUCCUAUCUCAAGCCUUUUCAAUCCCCAACAGUUAGAGGGACUUUUUUUUUUUUAACUUGUAUUUUAAGUUCAGGGGUACACAUGUAGGUUUGUUACAUAGGUAAACUUGUGUCAUGGGGGUUUGUUGUACAGAUUAUUUCGUCACCCAGGUAUUAAGCCUAGCACCCAUUACUUAUUUUUCCUGAUCCUUUCCUUCCUUCCACCCUCCACCUUCCCAUGGGCCUCAGUGUGUGUUGUCCCCCUCUAUGUGUCCAUGAGUUUCUAUCAUUUAGCUCCCACUUAUAAGUGAGAACAUGUGGUAUUUGGUUUCCUGUUCCUGAGUUAGUUUGCUAAGGGCCUUCCAGCUCCAUCCAUAUCCCUGCCAAUUCCCAAUAGUUAGAGUGGCUUUUCUUUAAAAACAACAACAACAACAACAACAAAAACAAAUCUGAUAGUGUUUCGCCUCUGCAGUAACAACAAUAGCAAUGAAAACCCAAACCUUUAGUAAUUCCCCAUUACCCUCAGGGGAAGUCCAUGAUCUUUACCAAAGAUUAGAGGCCUGCCCACUCUCUCCCUCUGCUGAGUAAAGCCCUAUUGGCCAUUCCACUCCAUGAAAUCCCCAUUCCUGGCAAACAGAACCAGUUGCUGGACAUCAUGUUCUUUCUCAGCUGAGGGUUCCUGUACACACUAUUUGCUCUCCCUGGAGCAUCCUAGUGUCCCCCUUUUUCUCUUGUCCUAAGUCUUACAUCUCCUUCAGGUCUCAAUUUAGACAUUAAAGGUUUGGACAACAAUCCCUGAUUCCCUGUUGAGACGCCUAUCCUAUGAUGAGACACCUAUCCUAUGCAUAGACAUAGCCCCACUACUUCUCCCUGUAGUAGCAUUUGUUCUAUUUUAAUUUCCUGUCUUUGUCUUUUCUACUACUCCAGGACAGUGUAACUGUUGGACCAGGGACUGUGUUUCUUCACCGUUAGUGCCUAGCACCAUGCCUAGAACAGACACAGGGCAUAUAAUUGUUGAACGAACAAACCAGUGAUAUGUUGGGUUUCUUACUAUAAUUUCCUGGAGUGGGUGUAAGAGUCAGCCCUAGAUUAGCAUCCAGUAAAUAAGAAAGAAAGAGGAUGGCUGGCAUGGGGAAUAUAGGCAUUCAACCUGAAUACUACUGCUGCUUUUCAGUGUCUAGCUUGAACCCUGUGGCUGUAGAGAAAGUCCUCAAAGAAGCUAUUAUCCUAUGGUAGAGUAACCCUAUUAACAAACCCUUUCUGUUUUUGUGUCCGGAAUUGGUGGGUUCUUGGUCUCACUGACUUCAAGAAUGAAGCCGUGGACUCUCGCGGUGAGUGUUACAGCUCUUAAGGCAGUGCGUCUGGAGUUGUUCGUUCCUCCUGGUGGGCUCGUGGUCUUGCUGGCUUCAAGAGUGAAGCUGCAGACCUUCGUGGUGAGUGUUACAGCUCAUAAAAGCAGUGUGGACCCAAAGAGUAAGCAGUAGCAAGAUUUAUUGCAAAGAGCAAAAGAACAAAGCUUCCACAGUGUGGAAGGGGACCCGAGCGGGUUGCCACUGCUGGCUCCAGCAGCCUGAUUUUAUUCUCUUAUUUGGCCCAACCCACAUUCUGCUGAUUGGUAGAGCCUAGUGGCCUGUUUUGACAGGGUGCUGAUUGGUGCGUUUACAAUCCCUGAGCUAGAUACAAAGGUUCUCCACGUCCCCAUCAGAUUAGUUAGAUACAGAGUAUAGACACAAAGGUUCUCCAAGGCCCCACCAGAGCAGCUAGAUACAGAGUGUCGAUUGGACUCACAAACCCUGAGCUAGACACAGGGUGCCGAUUGGUGUAUUUACAAUCCCUGAGCUAGAUAUAAAGACUCUCCACGUCCCCACCAGACUCAGGAGCUCAGCUGGCUUCACCCAGUGGAUCCCGCACUGGGGCCGCAGGUGGAGCUGCUUGCCAGUCCUGCGCCAUGCGCUCGCACUCCUCAGCCCUUGGGCGGUCGAUGGGACUGGGCGCCGUGGAGCAGAGGGCGGUGCUUGUCGGGGAGGCUCCGGCCGCACAGGAGCCCAUGGAGGGAGUGGGAGGCUCAGGCAUGGCGGGCUGCAGGUCCCAAGCCCUGCCCCGCGGGAAGUCAGCUAAGGCCCGGUGAGAAAUCGAGUGCAGCGCCAGUGGGCCGGCUCUGCUGGGGGGACCCAGUACACCCUCCGCAGCCCCUGGCCCGGGUGCCAAGCCCCUCACUGCCCGGGCCGGCAGGGCCAGCCAGCUGCUCCGAGUGCGGCGCCCGCCAAGCCCACGCCCACCUGGAACUCCAGCUGGCCCGCAAGCGCCGGGUGCAGCCCCGGUUCCCGCUCGCGCCUCUCCCUCCACACCUCCCUGCAAGCUGAGGGAGCCGGCUCUGGCCUUGGCCAGCCCAGAAAGGGGCUUCCACAGUACAGCGGUGGGCUGAAGGGCUCAAGUGCCGCCAAAGUGGGAGCCCAGGCAGAGGAGGCGCCUAGAGCGAGCGAGGGCUGUGAGGACUGCCAGCACGCUGUCACCUCUCACUUUCUUAGGGUCGAAGUCCUAGAAGUGAGAGAGCCGGCAUGGGGGUCGCAGUUCAUGCCUAGGUUUAUGGCUCUUUUGUUCCCAUUUCAUCACAUUUUAAGAACUUUACUGACUGGAUGUGAGAAAAGACCCAUGCACUUUCAGUUUUGCUUUUGCAAUCCGUAACUAUGGCCCAGUCAAUUCCCUAUUCCUUUUUCUCUUGUUUGGGCCAUGUGGCCACUUGCCUGCUACUUGCAGAUCCCACUUCAGCAGUUCAGCCGGCUCAGCCUUAUUGUCUUGCUUAAUGUCUGGGUCUCAGUUUUAGAGACUGGGCUUCUUCUGCUCACUUGUUCCUGAACUCAACUUCCCGCCUCUUGCCAGGUCCUCCAGGAAUGAUGCCCUGCUUUGGUUUUGUCUAUGCCAAAAGUUCCUGCUAUACCCACAGUGGUGGUCAUCUCUUCUGAUCUUCACAGCCAAUCAGCUCCCAAGGCCCCUGACCUCAGCUCAGCUUUUGUAGAUCCUUAUGACACCAUCCUUUAAGACUGGAAUCCUAGGGCAGGCUCUUUUAUUCCUGCCUCCUGAGGACUUUCUGAGGAUCUGUGGCUUGUCUCUGUCCUGAGGGUGAAGAUGGAUGACAGAUGCUACCCAGUAAUCUUUCCAGAUGAGCGGAAUUUCCGCCCCUUCACUUCUGACUCUCUGGCUGCAAUUGAGAAGCGGAUUGCCAUCCAAAAGGAGAAAAAGAAGUCUAAAGACCAGACAGGAGAAGUACCCCAGCCUCGGCCUCAGCUUGACCUAAAGGCCUCCAGGAAGUUGCCCAAGCUCUAUGGUGACAUUCCUCGUGAGCUCAUAGGAAAGCCUCUGGAAGACUUGGACCCAUUCUACCGAAAUCAUAAGACAUUUAUGGUGUUAAACAGAAAGAGGACAAUCUACCGCUUCAGUGCCAAGCAUGCCUUGUUCAUUUUUGGGCCUUUCAGUUCAAUCAGAAGUUUAGCCAUUAGAGUCUCAGUCCAUUCAUUGUUCAGCAUGUUCAUUAUCGGCACCGUUAUCAUCAACUGCGUGUUCAUGGCUACAGGGCCUGCUAAAAACAGCAACAGCAACAAUACUGACAUUGCAGAGUGUGUCUUCACUGGGAUUUAUAUUUUUGAAGCUUUGAUUAAAAUAUUGGCAAGAGGUUUCAUUCUGGAUGAGUUUUCUUUCCUUCGAGAUCCAUGGAACUGGCUGGACUCCAUUGUCAUUGGAAUAGCGAUUGUGUCAUAUAUUCCAGGAAUCACCAUCAAACUAUUGCCCCUGCGUACCUUCCGUGUGUUCAGAGCUUUGAAAGCAAUUUCAGUAGUUUCACGUCUGAAGGUCAUCGUGGGGGCCUUGCUGCGCUCUGUGAAGAAGCUGGUCAACGUGAUUAUCCUCACCUUCUUUUGCCUCAGCAUCUUUGCCCUGGUAGGUCAGCAGCUCUUCAUGGGAAGUCUGAACCUGAAAUGCAUCUCAAGGGACUGUAAAAAUAUCAGUAACCCGGAAGCUUAUGACCAUUGCUUUGAAAAGAAAGAAAAUUCACCUGAAUUCAAAAUGUGUGGCAUCUGGAUGGGUAACAGUGCCUGUUCCAUACAAUAUGAAUGUAAGCACACCAAAAUUAAUCCUGACUAUAAUUAUACGAAUUUUGACAACUUUGGCUGGUCUUUUCUUGCCAUGUUCCGGCUGAUGACCCAAGAUUCCUGGGAGAAGCUUUAUCAACAGACCCUGCGUACUACUGGGCUCUACUCAGUCUUCUUCUUCAUUGUGGUCAUUUUCCUGGGCUCCUUCUACCUGAUUAACUUAACCCUGGCUGUUGUUACCAUGGCAUAUGAGGAGCAGAACAAGAAUGUAGCUGCAGAGAUAGAGGCCAAGGAAAAGAUGUUUCAGGAAGCCCAGCAGCUGUUAAAGGAGGAAAAGGAGGCUCUGGUUGCCAUGGGAAUUGACAGAAGUUCACUUACUUCCCUUGAAACAUCAUAUUUUACCCCAAAAAAGAGAAAGCUCUUUGGUAAUAAGAAAAGGAAGUCCUUCUUUUUGAGAGAGUCUGGGAAAGACCAGCCUCCUGGGUCAGAUUCUGAUGAAGAUUGCCAAAAAAAGCCACAGCUCCUAGAGCAAACCAAACGACUGUCCCAGAAUCUAUCACUGGACCACUUUGAUGAGCAUGGAGAUCCUCUCCAAAGGCAGAGAGCACUGAGUGCUGUCAGCAUCCUCACCAUCACCAUGAAGGAACAAGAAAAAUCACAAGAGCCUUGUCUCCCUUGCGGAGAAAACCUGGCAUCCAAGUACCUCAUGUGGAACUGUUGCCCCCAGUGGCUGUGCGUUAAGAAGGUCCUGAGAACUGUGAUGACUGACCCAUUUACUGAGCUGGCCAUCACCAUCUGCAUCAUCAUCAACACUGUCUUCUUGGCCAUGGAGCAUCACAAGAUGGAGGCCAGUUUUGAGAAGAUGUUGAAUAUAGGGAAUUUGGUUUUCACUAGCAUUUUUAUAGCAGAAAUGUGCCUAAAAAUCAUUGCGCUCGAUCCCUACCACUACUUUCGCCGAGGCUGGAAUAUUUUUGACAGCAUUGUUGCUCUUCUGAGUUUUGCAGAUGUAAUGAACUGUGUACUUCAAAAGAGAAGCUGGCCAUUCUUGCGUUCCUUCAGAGUGCUCAGGGUCUUCAAGUUAGCCAAAUCCUGGCCAACUUUGAACACACUAAUUAAGAUAAUCGGCAACUCUGUCGGAGCCCUUGGAAGCCUGACUGUGGUCCUGGUCAUUGUGAUCUUUAUUUUCUCGGUAGUUGGCAUGCAGCUUUUUGGCCAUAGCUUCAAUUCCCGAAAGAGUCCAAAACUCUGUAACCCGACAGGCCCGACAGUCUCAUGUUUACGGCACUGGCACAUGGGGGAUUUCUGGCACUCCUUCCUGGUGGUAUUCCGCAUCCUCUGCGGGGAAUGGAUCGAAAAUAUGUGGGAAUGUAUGCAAGAAGAGAAUACAUCAUCAUCAUCAUUGUGUGUUAUUGUCUUCAUAUUGAUCACAGUGAUAGGAAAACUUGUGGUGCUCAACCUCUUCAUUGCCUUACUGCUCAAUUCCUUUAGCAAUGAGGAAAGAAAUGGAAACUUAGAAGGAGAGGCCAGGAAAACUAAAGUCCAGUUAGCACUGGAUCGAUUCCGCCGGGCUUUUUGUUUUGUGAGACACACUCUUGAGCAUUUCUGUCACAAGUGGUGCAGGAAGCAAAACUUACCACAGCAAAAAGAGGUGACAGGAGGCUGUGCUGCACAAAGCAAAGACAUCAUUCCCCUGGUCACGGAGAUGAAAAGGGGCUCAGAGACCCAGGAGGAGCUUGGUAUACUAACCUCUGUACCAAAGACCCUGGGCGUCAGGCAUGAUUGGACUUGGUUGGCACCACUUGCGGAGGAGGAAGAUGAUGUUGAAUUUUCUGGUGAAGAUAAUGCACAGCGCAUCACACAACCUGAGUCUGAACGACAGGCCUAUGAGCUCCAUCAGGAGAACAAGAAGCCCACCAGCCAGAGAGUUCAAAGUGUGGAAAUUGACAUGUUCUCUGAAGAUGAGCCUCAUCUGACCAUACAGGAUCCCCGAAAGAAGUCUGAUGUUACCAGUAUACUAUCAGAAUGUAGCACCAUUGAUCUUCAGGAUGGCUUUGGAUGGUUACCUGAGAUGGUUCCCAAAAAGCAACCAGAGAGAUGUUUGCCCAAAGGCUUUGGUUGCUGCUUUCCAUGCUGUAGCGUGGACAAGAGAAAGCCUCCCUGGGUCAUUUGGUGGAACCUGCGGAAAACCUGCUACCAAAUAGUGAAACACAGCUGGUUUGAGAGCUUUAUUAUCUUUGUGAUUCUGCUGAGCAGUGGGGCACUGAUAUUUGAAGAUGUUCGCCUUGAGAACCAACCCAAAAUCCAAGAAUUACUAAAUUGUACUGACAUUAUUUUUACACAUAUUUUUAUCCUGGAGAUGGUACUAAAAUGGGUAGCCUUCGGAUUUGGAAAGUAUUUCACCAGUGCCUGGUGCUGCCUUGAUUUCAUCAUUGUGAUUGUCUCUGUGACCACCCUCAUUAACUUAAUGGAAUUGAAGUCCUUCCGGACUCUACGAGCACUGAGGCCUCUUCGUGCGCUGUCCCAGUUUGAAGGAAUGAAGGUGGUGGUCAAUGCUCUCAUAGGUGCCAUACCUGCCAUUCUGAAUGUUUUGCUUGUCUGCCUCAUUUUCUGGCUCGUAUUUUGUAUUCUGGGAGUAUACUUCUUUUCUGGAAAAUUUGGGAAAUGCAUUAAUGGAACAGACUCAGUUAUAAAUUAUACCAUCAUUACAAAUAAAAGUCAAUGUGAAAGUGGCAAUUUCUCUUGGAUCAACCAGAAAGUCAACUUUGACAAUGUGGGAAAUGCUUACCUCGCUCUGCUGCAAGUGGCAACAUUUAAGGGCUGGAUGGAUAUUAUAUAUGCAGCUGUUGAUUCCACAGAGAAAGAACAACAGCCAGCGUUUGAGAGCAAUUCAUUCGGUUACAUUUACUUCGUAGUCUUUAUCAUCUUUGGCUCAUUCUUCACUCUGAAUCUCUUCAUUGGCGUUAUCAUUGACAACUUCAACCAACAGCAGAAAAAGAUAAGUGGCCAAGACAUUUUUAUGACAGAAGAACAGAAGAAAUACUAUAAUGCAAUGAAAAAAUUAGGAUCCAAAAAACCUCAAAAACCCAUUCCACGGCCUCUGAACAAAUGUCAAGGUCUCGUGUUCGACAUAGUCACAAGCCAGAUCUUUGACAUCAUCAUCAUAAGUCUCAUUAUCCUAAACAUGAUUAGCAUGAUGGCUGAAUCAUACAACCAACCCAAAGCCAUGAAAUCCAUCCUUGACCAUCUCAACUGGGUCUUUGUGGUCAUCUUUACAUUAGAAUGUCUCAUCAAAAUCUUUGCUUUGAGGCAAUACUACUUCACCAAUGGCUGGAAUUUAUUUGACUGUGUGGUCGUGCUUCUUUCCAUUGUUAGUACAAUGAUUUCUACCUUGGAAAAUCAGGAGCACAUUCCUUUCCCUCCGACGCUCUUCAGAAUUGUCCGCUUGGCUCGGAUUGGCCGAAUCCUGAGGCUUGUCCGGGCUGCACGAGGAAUCAGGACUCUCCUCUUUGCUCUGAUGAUGUCGCUUCCUUCUCUGUUCAACAUUGGUCUUCUACUCUUUCUGAUUAUGUUUAUCUAUGCCAUUUUGGGUAUGAACUGGUUUUCCAAAGUGAAUCCAGAGGCUGGAAUUGAUGACAUAUUCAACUUCAAGUCUUUUGCCAGCAGCAUGCUCUGUCUCUUCCAGAUAAGCACAUCAGCAGGUUGGGAUUCCCUGCUCAGCCCCAUGCUGCGAUCAAAAGAAUCAUGUAACUCUUCCUCAGAAAGCUGCCACCUCCCUGGCAUAGCCACAUCCUACUUUGUCAGUUACAUUAUCAUCUCCUUUCUCAUUGUUGUCAACAUGUACAUUGCUGUGAUUUUAGAGAACUUCAAUACAGCCACUGAAGAAAGUGAGGACCCUUUGGGUGAAGAUGACUUUGACAUAUUUUAUGAAGUGUGGGAAAAGUUUGACCCAGAAGCAACACAAUUUAUCAAAUAUUCUGCCCUUUCUGACUUUGCUGAUGCCUUGCCUGAGCCUUUGCGUGUCGCAAAGCCAAAUAAAUAUCAAUUUCUAGUAAUGGACUUGCCCAUGGUGAGUGAAGAUCGCCUCCACUGCAUGGAUAUUCUUUUCGCCUUCACCGCUAGGGUACUCGGUGGCUCUGAUGGCCUAGAUAGCAUGAAAGCAAUGAUGGAAGAGAAGUUCAUGGAAGCCAAUCCUCUCAAGAAGUUGUAUGAACCCAUAGUCACCACCACCAAGAGAAAGGAAGAGGAAAGAGGUGCUGCUAUUAUUCAAAAGGCCUUUCGAAAGUACAUGAUGAAGGUUACCAAGGGUGACCAAGGUGACCAAAAUGACUUGGAAAACAGGCCUCAUUCACCACUCCAGACUCUUUGCAAUGGAGACUUGUCUAGCUUUGGGGUGGCCAAGGGCAAGGUCCACUGUGACUGAGCCCUCACCUCCACGUCUACCUCACAGCUUCACAGCCUUGCCUUCAGCCUCUGAGCUCCAGGGGUCAGCAGCUUAGUGUAUGAACAGGGAGUGGAUUCACCAAAUUAGCCAUUACAUUUUCUUUUCUGGCUAAAAUAAGUGAUAUUUCAAUUUCAUUUUAAAUGAUACUUACAGAGAUAUAAGAUAAGGCUACUUGACAACCACUGGUACUAUUUUAAUAAGGAAGAAGACACUAGGAAGGACUGUAAAAGGACAUACCAAUGUUAGGAUUGAAAUAGUUCAGGCCGGGCGCAGUGGCUCAUGCCUGUAAUCCCAGCACUUUGAGAGGCCAAGGCGGGUGGAUCACGAGGUCAAGAGAUCGAGACCAUCCUGGCCAACAUGAUGAAACUCCGUCUCUACUAAAAAUACAAAAAUUAGCUGGGCAUGGUGGCAUGCGCCUGUAGUCCCAGCUACUUGGGAGGUUGAGGCAGGAGAAUCGCUUAAACCUGGGAGACGGAGGUUACAGUGAGCCAAGAUCGUGCCACUGCACUUCAGCCUGGUGACACAGUGAGACUCUGUCUCAAAAAAGAAAAGAAAAGAAACAUGGUUCAAGUUAUAUCUAAACAAAAAAGAAUAAGAAACGAAAAACACAUUAAAAUUUUAAGUUGUAUUUUCUAUGUUUCUAGAUACAUCAUUUUUGUUUGAUAUUUUCCUGAUGCAAGUAUGUGGUUUAUCACAUGUAGCUCUUUUGCAUGCUAAAUGAAAAUUCAAAACUUGCCAAUAAAUGAAUAGCUUAUUGCAGA